AUGUUCGCCCGCCUUAUUGCCUGUUCCACGACACGAGCCGCCGCCCUCGUGCGUCGUUGCUCGGCGUACCACGUCGGACACAGCUGUCACUUGAAGAAUACGUACUGCGCAAUCAUUCGCCCGCGAUACCGAGCAUGCAUCGAGCAUUGCCCUGCAGCAGUGCAGAGAACACCGCCGCCCGCCGCCGGACACUUGCCGCCGACUUUUGCUUCUUGCCCACCGAGAGACCUUUGUUGCGGCAUAUCUGUCCCGUCAGCGACGGUCAACCCAAGAAGAGAAGCGGUCUGCAACAUGAGUCCCGUUACAGCGACUGACCAUGCCAUGCCGUCCACCUCAUCAGCGUCUCUCGUGUCGCCCCAACAAAAGUCGGACAAAUCACUACGCACACCGACGGGCCAGUCAACGCAGCGACAGCGACGGCGACAGCGGCAGCGGCACAAGCAAGCACCGGGGAGGGGCAAGCAGAGUGAAAGCAAUAACACAACUCGGGAGAAAAAAGAAGUCACCUCUGCUUCCGGCCGCCUUGAUGAGUUGGCAUGCAUAGCCUUUGGUCCUGUUGUUUUACAUGCUCCAGUACACCAACAGAGAGAGGCCCAUUCCCGACUACCUCACGGCUUGCCCGCCGCUCGAGACACUGCCGUACAGCGCAGCGCCCCCCUGCUCACCCGCCGUCCAAUCUGCAUCGUCCACGAGAGCGGGCACGCCAUGCCAACGCAUCACAGGGCCCCAAUCGGCCACCCCUUGACCAACCCAGCGAGCUUCAACCAGCAUCAACCCACACCGUCUGCUACACCACAUCCUUCUCCAAUCUCCAUCAACAAUUCCCGUUUCCAGGGGGCCAAUCGUCGACUACCAGACUGA